GUCGCUCAAAGACAGUUAAAGCUAUGCAAGCCAUCGAGGCUGCUCCCAAUUCUGUGAAGCUGAUGGGAUGACGAUGAAGAGACUUGGAGGAGCAGUGGCGGUGGAUUCGGGAGGGCUAUCAGAAGCGUCCAUGAGGGAGGAGGGGGCCCUGCGUGUCUGACAGUGUCAACUACCGCUCCGAAUGCUUCCACUGAAGUGGAGCUAUGCAGACCCAACGCACCACCAAUGCAGACCUUCCGACACCCUCCCAGCACAUCACACACACACUUGCAGAGAUGGCCUACAGGCCUGUGUGGUGUCGGUGCUGCGUCCGGAGGAGAUGUUCGAGUGUGUGUUCACGUGCGGGGCAGACUGUAAGGGGACCUCUCUGUACCCUUGCCUGCAGAUCUUCGUCAACAACUCCGAGUCAAACUCCGUGGCUCUGCUGCACUUUGACGAACAGCAGCUGGUCCUCAACCCAAAGUGCUCCUACGUGCCGCCCUGUGAGCGAGACAACCAGAAGAACCGAGACAGCGUCCUGUGGUGGGAGGACUACUUCAGCCGGGAGGUCAGCACCCAGGCCUUCACCUGCUUCUUCAACCAGCAGCGCAGACCGGACGACGUAUUGUGGCGGCGUUCCCACGACACCAGCGUGCUGCUGCACUGCGUCCUGUGGCCGAUGGUGUCUCUGCUGCUCGGCACGCUCAUCGUCCUCCUGACCGUCUGCGCCCGAUCUCUCGCCGUCCGGGCCGAGGCGCUCCAGAAGAGGAAGUUUUCCUACGAGGUUUGCCAGGAUCUUUCCGCCUCCGGGUCCUCGGAGCGCCGCGGCCACAAAGCCGAAGACCCGCUAACAAACUCCGAUCCCGAGACUUCUUCUUCGCCGACUCGGACCCUGCCUCUGUUCGCUGUCCCGGUGCGGCGUCGGGAUCGGGAACACUGAGACACAACAGGUGAAAUCAGGAUGCCAACUUUACAGCCGGUGGGCGAAGACGACUAACUGUCAUCGUUAUGGGUUAAAACCAGGAGUCUGAGAAGAGCAUGAUGGGGAAACCAGCAGAAAAUGUUCCUCUGGAUGCAACGCGUGCUUUGAUUUAAUCAGCAUUAGUAUUCUCUUCCUCAGAGUUACUGCAGGUGUUUCUGUCGGACCCUGAGGGUUUAGGACUCCUGCCUGCUCUGAUGGUACGAUGAGUUUAAAAGUGAGUCAGACUUAAAGACUAUUUAAUGUAGCGCUUCUAUAAAUGUAGUUUUCCCUUCGAGUCCCAGUAGCCAUAAUGUAAAUAAAUAGCGAGCCAAAGUCCUGACGUCCCGUAACUCUAGCACUUAAGUAGAGCUGCAACAACACACCACUAAUCCACAGCCGUAGUGCCGUCCUGAUGCAAAAAUGUCCUAAAAAAUGCUGUUUUCAGAAACUCAGAAAUGGAGACACUGUUUUAUGUCAUUACAUAAGAAGAUAUUUAACAAAACAAGACAUUAAUAAACCUAAUAUUGUUCUUUGAGAAACUAGGAUGGAACUUUUUUUACAAUUCCUCUCGUUUUCUGGAGAGAUAUUUGGCAGAAUAACCAGUAACUAAAUGACUGUAAGUUGCAGCUCUACUUUUAAGACUCAAUGCAAUCUUUCGUGAAGGGUUUCUUCCAUCAGUCUUUCUUGGAGAACGUCAUUUAUUAUGUGUUUUAUUUAUUUAUAAGGGGACCAUGCUUCAUUUUCAUCUCUAAAUCCAACAAAGAAAUGACCUUUGUUUUAUCAUUCACCGUUUCUUUGCUUAUAAUUUGCAGAUUUUUGAUCCCAUCUUUAUUUGUUUUGCAGAAUGAUUAACGCUAUCAUUUAUCAUUCUAAUUCAUGAACAAGUAGUGUAGUAAAACACUCAUGUUUCAAUUGAAAAUGUGGCACGAAAAAUAGUUCAAAAAGUACCAAAACAUCAAGGUUACUUAUUCUGUUAUUUUCCAUUUCUGCAUUUAGAUAAAAGCUGAAAAGCGUUGAGGUGAAAAGUGCUAAACGAGCCAGGAAACAGAAAAUGUGAAUUUAAAAUGAACUGACUGAAGGUGAAUUAAAUGAGUUGAACUUUAUAAUUUAUUGAUGAAAGCCGUGGAGACUCCUGCUGCUCUUUAUUAACGACCAGAGAAACCACAGGACCUUCAACCUGCAGCCCAGCGGACACAGAGCAAAUGUUACAGAUGAAAAUGUCCCUUAAAACUAAAAUAAAACUAUCCAGGUUUAUAUCAGGUUUAGAUGCAGUAUUUAUAACUUAAAGUUGUGCAAAAGAUUUUACUUUGUGUGCAAAAAUAUAACAAACACACACAGUAUAGCAUCUCCAGAUGUGCAAAUGGAUCCAUAAUCAGUAGAUAUCAGAACAUACAUUGGUAGUGUUGUGCAGAAAUGGCCAGAGGAAGGUGCAAAACUUCACAGUAAAUCGGUAUAUUUUUCUGUCUUGCACCUCGUUUGAUCCUCAAAGGGAAUCAGGCUUUCCUUAAACCCUCGUAAGCAUCUCCCCAAUCUGCAGAUAGAUCCACAACUAGUAGAUUAUAGAAGCUGGAGAGGUAGAAAUGUGCAACAGGCCACAGUUUGAGGGUUAAUCUUUGAUAAAUAAUAUUAUUUCUUGUUGUAACUUUUCAAAGGCUGACAGUAAAUUACCUCUCUGCCACGCAGCGGUGUUAACAAUAGAUGUGAUAUGGUGAUUCAUCCUCUAUCAGAGGGAGUUUUUCAUCCUCACGUCUCAAAAUCUUCUCACCACCACCGCCGUCCUGCAGGCUAAAAAUUACCCACACGUCGCCUAGCAACAGACACAAGGCCGAGUGUUGUCGCUGCCAAAAAAAUAAGAAAUAAAUAAACAAAAAACAUAUUUUUCCUCCUCAGGAUCCGAUGAGUUAUCUCCAUGACUCCUGCUGAACGUGUCGUCCUGCUGCAGCGCACUUUUUAGUGUCUGUCAUUGGUUGUGUUAUUAUUUUAUGCCUGUUCUUUUCAAAUCUCAGUUAGAAGUUCCGUCUUCUUUGAUUUUUGUUCAUGAAAAGCCAUAAUAUCUAGGAAAAGGGUUGAUGAAGCGGAAUUAUUCUGAGUAUUGUUUAUAAUUAUUCUAUUGGAUUUGUAAACCCCUUAAAUAAAAGUCAGACUAAGAAUUAAAAAUAUUGAUUUACAAAAUAAAUGAUCUGAAGAAAAACAUCCAUCAAAAACAAGUUUUUCUCCUGAGGCAGAAAACAGACUUUAUUCUGAGUGAUUUUACACAUUUUUCUCAUUGUUUUCCAGAAGUUCGCCCACUCUUAUAAAGACAAACACUUAAAUCAACUCAAAAUGUAAGGUAUUAAUUCAAUAUAGUGAGACUGCUAAGGGAAGCAAAACAAAAUACUUUUUAGGGAAUUAAUGAAUAUUUUCCUGCUUUUUUUUUGGUGUCUCAUCAUAUUAUUUUAGUGCAUUAACAUGAGUUAAAGACCAUCGCUUCAUGUCCUCUUUUCCCCUGAAUUGUUCCGUAUUUAUUCUCCAAAGAAGCGUAGCUCCUCCUGUAGCAUCUCUGUGUUUCUACGAGCUGUUGUCUCUCUGUCUGUUUUAUAUCUGAAGCCAUACGCUGAACUGUGAACGCUGUACGUCGCUUCUUUACCACGAAAUUAUAUUCUUACAGAUGUUUGUAUUUAAUGAGAUUUUCUCCUGAUUUAUUUGAGUUAAAUUGUAAACUGAUUUAUGAAAUGUAUGUACUUUAAAUAUUUAAUUUCCUGUAUUAAUAUCAUGACUCCUCUUUUCUUCUGUGUUGUCUGCGGGUGUUCAGUCGUCCGUCCUCCAUGUGACCCAGGUAGCCGCUCUGUGCGUGUUUUAAUAUACAGAUGAUAACUAUAGUGCCUGAUAUAUUUAGAGAUAUUUAAAUAAACAUUUUAUCUUCAAA